GGGGAUGGAGGCGGAGCAGGUCCCCUUGGAGGUCCCCCUCGAGGUCCCCUUCGAGCCCUCCGAGCCUGCGCCAAAAGGCCCUUCCACCAGCUGUCAAGGAGGAGGAGAGCCCACAGAGAGAGUGUGUGUGUGAAGGCCCGCGGGACUCACGGCCAGGUGUUGCUGCAGAAAAAAUGAGGACUUAAAGAAUUAAUGAUGUAAUUAAAAAAAAAGAAAAAAAAAAGAACCUUUUAAUCAUAAUUGAUAAUUAGAACCUUAUAAUUGAGAAAACAAAAGUGAAUUCAUAUUCAUAAGAAAAAAAAGAAACAUCCCCUUCCUUAACAUCUCCCUUAAUUAAAAGAUUAAAAGAAAAAAAAAUUGGUUCAUUUAAAUUUUUAAAAAAUGGUGAUACAAGACCUGCAACGUUUCCUCGAGUCACAAGUCCCCGGUGCCUGCGUUCCUGUGGAUCUGCUCAAGAUUGCCAAGAGUGUGAGCAUCAGGCGUGGUAACCAGCGAAAUGUCCCGCGAGGGGGGUAUGGCCAGCCUCCCCUCACACUCGUGGUGGAUGGAGAGUGCUGCUUGGACCGGCUCUACGGAGGAUUCUUCUCAGACUGGGUGUGCGGCGGCCAAUGGAAUCGCAUGGUGCAGUUUUUGGCGGUGCUUAUCCAGACAGUGCAAAGCAACAACAUAGAGCUGGCCGUGUUCUUCAAUGGUGCUCUCGAACAACAGCGGCUGAACGAGUGGUCGCGUAGUCAAAUUGCCCUCCGCAGAAAUGUCAACUCGGUGCUGAAACAUGUGACAGUGAAGGGUACUCCCCCGCCCAAGGUGUGGUGGGUGGCUCCUGUUGGCUUGCGGACCUGUUUGCGCAUGGCCUUGCGCCACCUUAAUAUACAAGUGCUUUGCACCAUGGACGACCACCACCAAGAGGUAAUUGCCUUCUGUCGAGAAAACAAUUACCAUGGACUCAUGGCGGAAGAUGCAGAAUACAUAAUAUUUGACCCCCCACGCUACUUCUCCUCACACCAGCUCAAACUAACGUACAAGGGGUCGCUGGAAACCAAAGAGUUUAUUCUAGAUGAAGUGGCGAGAGGUUUGGGUCUACAACGCAACUAUUUCUGCUUGCUGGCAGCGCUCUUAGGAAAUUAUUUACUCACAGAAUCUGAUCUCAGAGAUUUCUAUGCUGCAUUAGUUCCAAAUUAUGACAGACAACAGACUCCACAAGAGGAAGUAAUACGAGCAGUUGUCAAGUUCAUAGUCAACAGAUGUGAUGUCAAUAAUUUGCUUAGUGUUGGAGCACAGAUAUUUGGCUCCAUAAGUGACCCUCGUGUUGCAAAAUUCAAAGAAUCUGUACAAUACUUCCUCAACGGCACAAAAGACGGCUUCCUGCGCUAUAAACCGUUCCAGUCGGGGAGACGAGAUGGAGGUCACAGACAGUCUCCGCACCAGUCAGUUCCUAAACAAGAGGUCCAAGAAUCAAAGCACAGUGAGGGCUCAGACAGAGUGGACCUUGCCUCUAAGGGCGGAGGGCCACUGGGCCAUCAAGGACAUUCUGCUUCAAGCCUGGCUGUUGUCCCUGAGAGAGAGAACAGUGACAAUGGAGGAGGGAUGAGCACCGAGGGGGAGAGCGUUCCUGCCCCAGUGACACCCCAUGUGGCACCACCUCAGAUCGUGAUUGAGGUGACUGGUCCAGGGAGUCCGCAGGGUAGCAGCCGUGGAGGGAGUGGCUGUGGCUCACUCUCACCUGAAGCAGCCCAGCUAGAGCAGGCGCUGGAGUCCCGCCUGGGGGGGUUCACCAUCGUGGUUACUGGGGAGGAUGAGGAGGAGAUACAGCACCUUGAGGACUGGGGUGGGGAGGCAGGAAGAGGAGGAGGGAUGGAAGAUGCUGGAGGAGGAACCAAUCAUGGAGAAAGAGAAUAUUACGGAGGAGGAGGAGGAAGAAAAGGAGAUAGCGAGAGUGGUAGGGGUGAAAACAUUAAAGAGAUCUUUAAAGGAAUAGAGCAGAACAAAAGAGAGGAAGAGGAGGUGGAGGAGAACGUUGGAGAUGAUAAUAAGGAGAAAGAAAAGGACGAAGAGAGGAAGGGGGACCUGACGGUGCAGCCGGCUGACCUCGAUGACCACGACCACGACUCAGGUAUAUUAUGUGGUGGUUGCCUGGGCUCGACGGCCUCAGGUUCGCCAGGAGCCUCCCUCUUGCUCUCGUCCUCAUCUUCAUCCAGCAACAGCUCAGCUGCCUCCCCGUACCGCCUCACACCUGACGUGUCUUGGGCAGCGCAGGUGUACCGCUCCAACCACACUUCCCACUCUAGUAGUCCGAGUGAAAGUCAUCAGGAGCCCGGCCCCCAGAUUGACCCCAACCCACUGCCUCUACCUCCAGUCCCCCAUGAAGUCAUGCGAACGGCCUCCGAACGCCACCAGAAGGGUCUCAUGUGCCCUUGGGUGUACCAGGUCCUCACACAGGGUGAAGUGAAGUUUGGUGUGUGCAUGGAGGACGAAAAUAGCCGCGAGCUGCCUAAUGCUGUGCUGUUCUACCGGCCUGUCCGUCAGUUUGUUUAUGCCAUCCUGUUUAACCUUCACCAUCACACAUUUAUGGCCCGUAAAGCUAAAGAAGAAGGACAAAAGGGCCUAGCCACUGAGGUACCUGAAAUCAAGGUUCGCGAGUGGGUGUAUACCAAAAAUAACCCAUACCGCACUGCUGACAUUGUAGAAGCAACACCCAUCAAUUGGGCCGUGCCGACCGUCCAGAGGUUGUGGUUUGGAUCGGUUGUGGAUGACAAGAAACGCCGCCUCAGAGCGUUUCUAAGCUGUAUGCGAUCCGAUUCACCUCUCAUGCUACACACGUCCCAUGUUCCACAGCAUCUGCUAAUAAUGGCCACAGUUCUAAGGUAUAUAAUGAGCAAUCCAACGGGUCCAGUCCUGAGGAAACAAGAGCUUGACGCUUUCCUGGUCACAGCUUUCUCCCCAGAUCUCACAAAUGCGCAUUAUUUGCAAGAUUUGCAGUUACUGCAGAGGUGCUCAGUUAGCUGCACUUUUCAUGCUAGGGGUUGAGACAGCUCUCUUCGCCAACGAUGCAUGUGGGGCACCUGUUCCCUGGCUCAUGUGCUGCCCAUGGUUGUAUUUUGAUGGCAAGCUCUUCCAUGCAAAGCUCAUCAGGGCCAAUUGUGCCAGUCGCUUUGUUGAG